GAUGGGCUCUACGUUACCAAGUGUGCCUCGCAGGAUGGGCUCUGCGUCAACAAGUGUGCCACGCAGGAUGGGCUCUGCGUGAUCAAGUGUGCCUCGCAGGAUGGGCUCUGCGUCAACAAGUGUGCCUCGCAGGAUGGGCUCUGCGUCAACAAAUGUGCUCCCUCGCUGCCCUGA